CCCAUGACUGCCGCCGCCGCGGGGGGAGCCGGCGCGCAGGAAGCGCGGCGGGGGCCGGCGGUGGGGGCCGCGCCGCCGUGGGGGCGCCCCGAGGGGGUCCCCGGCCCCCCCGGCCCGCCCGGCCGCGCCGCGCCGCGCCGCCCCGCGCCGCGGGGGGAGCCCGGCGCCCCGCAUGCCGCCGGGCGAUGCGCUGCCCUUCCCGCGGGACUGCUGCGGCGGCCUGAGCGGCUUGGAUUAUAGCAAGGUGGACGCCAGAGCCAUGGCGCGGCUGUUGGGCUACGUGGACCUGACCGACUCGGCCUUCGCUGCCGCCGUCCUCAGCAUCGCCUUCAACCCGCUCUUCUGGAACGUGGUAGCCAGAUGGGAGCACAAAACGCGAGCGCUCAGCCGAGCCCUGGGCUCGCCACACGCCGCCUGCUACUGCCUGGGCACCGUCAUCCUGCUGCUGAACUGCGUGCGGAGCCACUGCUUCACAGAGGCCAUGAAGAGCCAGCCGAAGCUGGCGGGCUUGGACUGCCACUGGGCCUAUUUCCUGGGCUUGGCCAUCCUGGCCAUUGGGACCUUGUUCGUCGUCUCCAGCUUCCUGGCGCUGGGCUUCAUCGGGACGUUCCUAGGUGACUACUUCGGCAUCCUGAUGGAGGCAAAGGUGACGAGCUUCCCCUUCAGCGUCCUGGACAACCCCAUGUACUGGGGCAGCACCGCCGUCUACCUGGGCUGGGCCCUCAUGAAUGCAAGCCCAGCUGGCCUGCUGCUGACAGCUGUAGUGGCAAUUUCCUACACAAUUGCUAUGCUGUACGAGGGCCCCUUCACGGAGGAAAUCUAUCGGCAGAAACAGAAGGGAGCGAAGAGCAAAUAGCAGCAGCCAGGUCCCGAUCCGCCCCCACGAGCUGGGAUGAAACACAACCGCCAGGACUUGGCUGUUCCCAAAGAUCCCGGUGCUGGAACCUGUUCCGAAGGGGAAAAUCGCGGGGGUGAAGCUGCAGGUCCAGGCUGGAUGUUUACAGAUUCCCUGAACAGUUUGAGAACUGAGCUGUAAUUGCCCAAAAAAAAGAAGAAAAAAAAGGAAAAAAAAGAGUAAAGCCCCUGGGAGAGGGGAGCGGGCAUCGGAAAGGGGCUCUGCAUUGCCAGGGGCUCCCGCGGCGGCCGAGGAGGAGCCGGGGCUCCCGGUCCGGCCGGGACGCGCUCCCCUCGCCUCCGCGGGAGCCCCGGCUCCUCGCCUCCCUCUGCCACCAGCCCUCGCCCGGCCCCCGCGGGGGCUCGUCCCCACUUUCCCCUGCUCCCCCCUUGCCUCCGGGCUGCUCCGGGGCCCCGGUGCCCAUCUGUCACCUCCCGCAGCUCCGUCCCCGUGCCGGGAGCCGUGCUGGGGGUCCAAGCCGCCCGUGCAGCCGCCGUCCCGGCAGCGCUGCCGGAGGAGCGGCGUUGAGCCGAGGACCCCGCGUCCCCGCGGUCCCAGCAUUUCUCUGUGAAACCGCCAGGUCCCUUUUGCUUGUGCAUGGUUGUAAUUUGCCCUUCCGGAGUUGCUCCCCCACAAUUAAAAGUGUUGGUUUCUUUUCCA